AUGCCGAAAGAGUUUGAGGCAAAGUGGCAAGCUAUGAUUCAAAAGCAUGGCUUGCAGGACAACAAGCAUUUUGGGCAUUUGUACAGCAUCCGACAGAGUUUUGUGCCAGCGUACUAUAUGCAUUGCUUCUUCUCGUUCCUCCAAUCCACGCAAAGAAGUGAAGGUUUUAACGCAGUGUUGAAGUUGUAUGUCAGCCCAAACUUAUCAAUACUGGACAUUGUCAAGCAAUACCAGAAGAUUCAAGAUAAGUACCUUGUUGCUCAAGAUGGGCAGGACUUCAGAACCGAUGAUAAGACUCGAAACACAUGGUCGAAGAACCCUAUUGAGAAGCAUCCCUCAACUGUGUACAUGAAGAACAUAUUCUAUAGAUUCUCAAAAGAAUUUGAAAAAAUCGAAGAGUAUUUUGUGCAGCAUAUAGCUGACUACCAGUUCAUGCUUGUGCCAAAUGACAAGCUUGUCCCAAAUAGAAAAAAAUGUUCAGGCAUAAUUUGCUGUCACAUCAUCAAGGUUAUGAGCAGAUUUGGUGUCAAGAAGCUACCUGACCGAUACAUAAUGGAAAGGUGGAAGCAACAGAAAAUGACUAUUGGCACAAAUGCUAAUGCAAAUCUUCAAGCUGAUGUUGGGACUAGUGGUAUGCCUUUGAAGAACCAAAAGACAAUAAGAUUCAACAAUCUUGCCUCCACGCUCACAAAGUUUGCUCGCGAGGGAUCAAACUCAGAAGAUGCUUAUGAAAUUGUUAAAAAGCACAUUGGAAUGAUGCGAUCUGAACUUGAAGAUCUAAAGAAGAAGAAGAAGAAAAGGACACAGUGUAAUGAGAUAUCAGCUAAUAUUGCUGCUGGUGCUCUCAAUAAUCCCAACACUCCUCAUGCUACAAAUGCACAUAUGACUGCAGCUUCUGCACCUUUAACUACUGCAAUUUCAGUUGCUGCAUCCACAGCUGCUAUGUCUACUCUUACUGGACUUGGGACUAUUGGAACAAAUCUACAGGAUGCUUCUAUUCCUAGUAAUUCAAGAAAAGUAAAGAAUCCUCCAAGAUCAGUUGUCAAAAGGGAGAAAAAAGUCAAAAAGGCUAUCUAA